AUGGGCGAUCAGGCCCUGCCCACACUGGUACAGCUGGCGGCUCAGAGCCUGUUGGAGAAGCAGGCCUUGGCCAUCUCUGCUCUGGAGGACCUGCCCUGCGAUCUCUUCCCUCUGUUGUUCAUGGAGGCCUUGAAAAGGAAAUGCACAAAGGUGCUGAAGGCCAUGGUGCAGGCCUGGCCCUUCCCCUGCCUCCCCCUGGGGGCCCUGAUGAAGAAGACAUUAGACAUGGGGACCCUGAAAAUCGCCCUGAGUGGGCUCAAUAUGCUGCUUGCUCAGAAGGAUUGGCCCAGGCGGUGCAAGCUGCAAGUGUUAGACUUGAGAAAAGAAAACCAGAGCUUCUGGAAUGUGCAGCCUCAAGCUGUCUCCACUGACUGUGGACCACCACCACUGAAGAAAAGAAGGAAUGACUUAAUGGAGUUCCGUCCAGAGCCAGGGGAGAAGCAGGUCUUGAAGGUGACAGUAGACCUGUGCUUGGAGCUCUGUGACCUAGAUGAACCUCAAACUUACUUGUUUGAGUGGGCGAAGAAGAAGAAAGGCUUGGUCCAGCUGUGCUGUAAGAAGCUGCAGCUUUGGGAGCAUUGUAAUUGUACAGUGAAAGAAUGGCACCCGUACCAUCUCCUGGAUAUAAUGGAGCUGCUGCAUUUGGAGGAUUUGGAGCUUCAUUAUCCCUGGAGCCUGUCCAGCCUGGCUGUAUUUGCUUUCCAACUGAGUGAGAUGAGAAAUCUGCAUAAGCUCUUCCUCUCCCACAUCUACAUCCCUGUACAGAUGACUUCUAAGGAACAGAAGCAACGGAUCGGCGUGUUCUUAACUCACCUGGGCAAACUGGACUGCCUCCGGCAGCUGCAUAUGGAUCACGUAGCUUUCCUCAAAGGCAACCUGCAGGAGGUGCUCAGGUGUCUGAAGACCCCACUGGAGUCCCUGUCAAUAUCUUACUGCCAGCUUUUAAUAUCAGAUUUCAAGUGCCUGCCCAUGUGCCCGAACAUUGCAAAGCUGAAACACCUGCACCUGAAAGCUAUCGUCCUGACCUGUCCUAAGGCCCUCCAACAACUUCUGGAAAACGUUGCAUCCACUCUGGAGACCCUGGACUUGAAGAACUGUAAGAUGUCAGACUCCCUGAUCACUGCCAUCCUGCCCGCCCUGAGCCGCUGCACGCAGCUCACCAAGGUCUGUUUCUAUGGCAACAACAUUUCCAUGCCUGUCCUGAAGAACCUGAUACAGCACACCGCCCAGCUGAGCCAGUUAACUGAAGAGAUGUACCCAGUCCCUCUGGAGAGCUAUGACGAACCAGAUGCUCUCCGCGCAGAGCUAGGCUCCCAAUAUUGUACCGAGCUUAUGAAUAUGCUGAGGAACUUGAGGGAGCCCCAGAAGGUCUCAUUCAGUGUUGAUCAAUGCCCUGAAUGUGGCUACAGCUGCUACUAUGACAUGGACUGUCUUCUGAACUGUCAGAUGAGUGAUUAG